CGUGUAGCCAAGACACCCGCGCAGACUGAUGGAUCGCACUCUCGAUCGGAGCCAGAAACAUACAUGAGCUCGUAUAUAUGUACGUAUCUAUCUAGUGAGCAGCCCACUGCAAGUCGGCAAUUAACCUUGGCUGGACAAAGAGUUGGCGGCGGCAGAACGACCUACAGCAGCAGCGGUACGAGUUAUGGAUUUCAUUUUAUCAGUCAGCUGGCAGGCAGCUACCAACGGCUACACAGAAAGAACUCGGGGCCAGCUCAGCGAUGCUGCGUGUAUUCACUCGGAAGAGAUUGUAUCUUGAGUGCUGAACUAAUGCGUACUGACCACGCUCAAAGGAGCCAUUAAAUGGGAAAAGGGCUUAGUUAAACGAUUUCCCUUCACUUUCGGUGUGAACGCAACCAUUUCUUUGUGUGUAGCGCAACAACU